AUGGCACAGCAGCGCACACCCGCCAUCCCUGCAGGAAGCUCCGGCUGUCAGAGACCCUCCAUCCUGCCAGGAGCCUCUGCUAUCUCUGACAGCCUCCAUCCCUCGCAGAGGCUCAGCGAGACCCGUCCGCCUGCAGAAGGUGCAGAGCCCGUGGACAGGUCUCCCAGCUCCCUUGGACUCACGGACUUCAACAGCACGGGCACAACCCUGACCCUCAACGUGGCCAGGGAGAGCCCCGAAGUCCAAAUGGGAGCCCAGCCCAAUGCAGGGGAGCCUUCUCAGGAGCAUCUGGCGCAGCAGCAAGCGUCCGGGAGCCAGCAGUUGCCAUUCCACAGCUCCCAGGACGCUGUGCUGGCUGUGCCGGCUGUGCCAGCAGGCAACAGCCCGAGCCUGGUGGUGGAGACGAUCCUUGAGACACCAAGGAGGAUCCUCCACCUCCAGGAAGCUGCCCCACAACAGCCCUGGACUACCUCCAAGGCCUCUCUAGGAGCAGCCCCACGGCUGCAAGGCGGUGCCCGCUGCCUGGCGCGCAGCAGCAAGCAGGCUGAUGCCUCGGUCCCGGCUGCAGGGCAAAAGAAGGAGCUGCAGGACCUGUACCAGCGGGGCCGGCAGCUGGGGAGCGGCGGCUUCGGCACCGUUUUCUCGGGCAUCCGCCUCUCGGACGGGAGGCCGGUGGCCAUCAAACGCGUGGCCCGGGAGAGCGUCCUGCAGUGGGUCGAGCUGCCCGACGGCACCCGUGUUCCAAUGGAGAUUGUGCUCAUGGAGAAGGUGCGCUCCGGCUGCUACAACAUCAUCCAGCUCCUCGACUGGUUCGAGCAGCCUGACGGCUUCGCACUGGUGAUGGAACGUCCAGAGCAGUCGCAGGAUCUCCUGGAAUUCCUGCUGGAGCGGGACGUCCUGUGCGAGGAGAUGGCGCGCUGGAUUUUCUGCCAGGUGCUGGAGGCCGUGCGGCACUGCACCGCCUGCGGCGUCCUGCACCGGGACAUCAAGCUGGAGAACCUCCUCGUGGACCCGGAGAGCGGAGACGUGAAGCUCAUCGACUUCGGUUGCGGCACCUUCCUCCAGGAGCAGGCCUACACGCAAUUUGCCGGAACACGCGUGUACAGCCCACCCGAGUGGAUCUGCCUUGGCUACUACCACGGCCAUGCAGCCACCGUCUGGUCCCUGGGCGUGCUGCUGUACGUCAUGGUGUGCGGGAGCCUCCCCUUCCAGGAGGACCGUGACAUUGUGUGGCAGCAGCUCUUCUUCACGCGGCAGCUCUCUCCAGAGUGCCAUCAUCUCAUCUGCUGGUGCUUGUCCAAGCACCCUGCGCAAAGGCCACAGCUGGAGCAGAUCUUGCUGCACCCUUGGGUGUGGGGCAAGCGCUUUGGAUGCCUUGCCUGA